GAAUUUUUGUUUACCUCCCGCGGCGUGACACGGCGCGGGGGACACAGCGCCGCGUUAUAUAUAGCCCCGCACUCACCCCGCUGGCAUCCCAGGUAUGACGGAUCGCUUUGUGCGCGUAAGGGCCUUUGGUGCGCCACACAGCGUAACGCCUGGUGCUGUGUGCUGCGGGGCGCGGCGUGCUUAGUGUGGUGCUGGGGGGCUGCCUGAAGGGCCGUAACGCACCACACGCACACCCAGGAGGUGAUCGUGCCCAAAAAGCACUUGACGACCCUUGCCUCUAGCCGCUGGCGUCGUUGGUUCCCCCACACAGCCUGAUGCAGUCCUUUGGGUGGAAGAGGAAGGCAGGUUUAUCUCAACCUCGACCUUCUGUUUUUUCUGAAGAAAAUGUUGAAGAAAGAGAUGGAACUGAAGACCCAGAUGUUGAUUGGUUGACAGCAUCAAAGCGCCCAAAGGUGCUGCAGCUGGAAGAUGCCAAGGCCAAGGCUCGCCGGCUCAGCAAUGAGGGCGUGACACUGGCGGAGGCAGAGCGGUGGUGGGCAGCCAUUGGGAGGUGGAACGCAGCCCUUGCUCUCACCCCAGAGGACCACACCAUCCAUGAAAUGCUGGCCCAGGCAUACAUGCAGGUGGGCGAAGUGUUCCCAUCACUCAGCGCAGCAGAGGAGGCUGUGAGGUUGUGCCCAAACUGGUGGGUGGGGCUUCAGACCCUUGGACGGGCACAGAUGGGGCUGGGUGAGGUGGCCCAGGCUGUAAAAACCUUCUCCAGAGCUGCUCACAUUUGCCCUGACCAACAGGAGCUCUGGAGAGAAGACCUUCAGUGGGCUGUUGGUCUGCUAAAGAAGUACCAAGAGGUGGAGGCUGACAGGGAGAAGCAGAUUGCUGCUGCCAAGGAGAGUGGGAAGGAGGUGCCAGAGUUCCCAGUGCCAUCUGUGGAGGGGUCCAUCAGGGAGCGCUCCAUCCAGAUGUACCAGAUCCAGAAGCAGCGAGAGGCAGUGGAGGCCGGCGACCCAACACUGAUUGAGAGAGGGAAGACCAUUGACCCCUCCAAGAUGGUGAGGAUGAGGGUCACCUAGGCCUCAGGAGGGGUACGUAGGAGGAGGAAUUGAGCUUUAAUGUAAUUAUUAUGGGUUGGCAGUUACUUGUGUGUAGAAAAGUGUGUGUGUGUGUGUGUGUGUUUGUGUGUGUGUGUAUGCAUGUGUGUGUGUGUGUGUUUCUCGGCAUCAGUCACCGCACAGGCACUACCACCAGUAACGUCUGUUUGGCUCUUACUUCCUCCACUCGGGCACUCAUUGACUGGCAGCUGUGGCCCCGACGCUCCUCCAUCCUCACGCUAGCUCACUGAUACUGCCACCAUGGUGCUUCCAGCCUCCUCGGGGUCAAUGCUCCUGAGGACACCCACUGCCAUUUCAGAACAUGAGUCACUCUCCAUGGGCACAGAGGAUAACUGGGAUGACUCAGAUAAACUCCCUUCAGCCCCAGUAGCCUCUGGAGCUGGCAGAGGCAAGCUGGUCUUGGGGGAUGCCUGUGCCUUCGCUGCUGCCUGCAGAGUGCCAUCACUUGAUGCACUGCUGAGGGGAUCUACACUGAAACUGGGCACGGCAGACCCCUCAGCGCUUGGUGGUGGUGCUGGUGGCCCCCACGCUGGCUGCUCCAGGCCUGCCAGAUUACUGGUGUUGUCUGGUGGUGCUGGCAGAGACUCGGGUGGCUUUGUACUAACAGACAUAUCUGCUACUCAGGCUGGAGGUGCUCCUGCCCCUGCGACGACAGGCUCUUGUGUGGCAGGAGUGUUCCUGUCUGGCGGGGCUUUGGCUUGAGACACACUCACCGUCUCUAACUUUGAUUCAUUCUUGACUAAGUUCACCGAGUGCCUUGCUGGAUUCACUACCGGCACCCUCACUGUUGUUCUGUUCUGCCAUUGGGUCACCUGUGUCCUCAGUUCCCCUCCCAGCUGGUGCCAUGUUUGUGAGUGCCAGCCUUGUUUCAUCAGAGCCCUGACAGCUCACCUUGUGUCAUGGAGGGCUGACUGUUGUUUUAAACCACUAACAGACUCCCCUUGUCCAUUCUUUCCUUCCCGGUCUGCACCACACUCCCUGCAUCUGUGUGUGUAAUUCACCACAGCCUGAUCACGAUUUGGACUCGCUUUCGCCAGCAGGUACCCUCCCGACGAGAGCAAGUGCUCAUUAUCAUCGAUCUCUGGGUACUGCCAGGACCUCACACCACACACCUCAUCCCCCUUGCUCAAGGGGGGACAGUAACCACUCCUAGUCAACUGAAAGAAUCCGGCCUGAGCGGGGCUCGAACCGCCGCCUGUUUGGCCAUUAAGCCUUGCAGCACUAUAGUGUGUGUGUGUGUGUGUGUGUGUGUGUGUGUGUGUGUGUGUUGAGAAAAUAUUUAUCAUGAGUUUUUAUCCAGGUUGUUUUUGAAAGAUGUUUGUUUUCUAAUGACAAAUUCUUUUAUAAAUUUAGAAUGUAAAUUUAUAUUGACAUAAGCAUUAAAUUGUGUCGAGCACUCUAUUUUUGUUAUGAUUAAAACACAAAAGUGUGGUGGCAGAAGUGAAAGCAGUGUGUGGGAGGAGGUCAUUGUUGGUUUUGUAUGGCUUACACUCUUAACCAUUAAGGGUCAAUAAAAUAUUUGGCUUUCAUACAAAAAUGAUACAUACUCAUUGAAAGCAAAUGCCACAGCACUAAUGCGUUUGUUAUAUGUGGAUCGCACAGUGAAUUCAUGAUGUAUUGUUUGCACUGAGUAUUAACACGUGUCUGGGUUAUAUUAUGACAGUUUUACUGAAACACAGUAAGUGAUACACUUUUUAAGGGAGCACAGCUUGUCCAUGCAUAGUCAUGUUGCUUCCAUAGAGGUAACCUUAUCCUGUCAUCUAGUAAUGCUGCUGCUGCUAAGUGUGGAGAGUAUGUACUAAAGGUAGAUCAAAGAAUCCCGGCCUAAGUCAUGGAUAAUGGAAAUGAUAAUGACUUAAUAACAAUAAUUUAUCUUUGAUCUCUGUUAAUUUGCCAUGCAGUUUGGUAUUAACAAUUUAUUACAGUAUUUGUCCAUUUUAUGCAUAGGUGGGUGUUAGAACAUAUCUUUUUUGUCUUAUUACUAGUAUGUUGACUUUGAUAUGUUAUUGUUUCCACCUCCUUUUAUAGUUUUCUCAAUAAACAAAGGGCAGUGGUUGUAAUUCAUGCAGACUGGAAUUAGGACACAGGAUCAGUUUGGGAGUUGCUUAUAGCUAUCUCAUAUACUAUAUAUUUGGAAACACUGGCCUCUACUUAUAAAAAUUGUAAACCAUAGUUGAGGAAAACAUCCUUGCUGUUGUAUUGAAAUCAAAGGUAGAAAAUGUGAAUUAUUAUUCAAAUGUUACUAACACUAAGAAAACCACAGAGCCACGCUUCAGCACCAGGGGAUCUAAACUGUCUUGGAGAGGACCUGAACUUGUUGUAGCAGUGGUUGGGAGAGUGGCAAACAUUAUUCAGUGUUAGCAAGAGAAUUUCCAGAUUUACUUUGAUGCCCAUUCCUUGGAUUUUUUUUUUUUUUUUUUUAUUUAUUUGUUUAUUUAUCAUGAGAGGGUGUGUGGAACCAUGGUAGAAGUGUAAAUUUACUUCUAUUAAUACACAAUGUCUUUGCAUA